AUGGACGCGGGAGAAUCGUUGAUUUCUUCAAAACUACAGCCUCAUCAAUGGACCCUAGAACAGCUGGGUAUAUCGUCGUUUAUUGAUAAAGACGGCAAAGAACAGCUGUCGAUCCAAAUUGACUCAAAUUCAUCAAACAACGCCCAGUUUUCAAGAGCGGUUUUGGACAAGUCAACUGGGCAUUGGAAACCAUGCAUACCCCAAGCUGCGCGCCAGAAGGCAGAGCUUCCGCAGCACCUAUCACGCACUUCACUAAAAGCAGAAACAGACACUAAAUGCUGGACUAGCUCCCUCCCUCAAAAUGAGAAUGUGCAUUGGUUCUUGACCGGGGUGGACUGGAGUUCGACCGAUUUUGGUCCUCUCGAAGGCUGGCCGAUUUCUCUGAGGACAGUCGUCAGCCUUGUGCUGGCUGACAACUCUCCUGCUGUGAUCUACUGGGGACCCUCGUUCUCUGCUUGUUUCAAUUUGUCGGCCUACAACGAUGUAUGCCAGAGGCUUAACAAUCGUUCCGGCAUACAAGGAAGGCCCUUCAAGGACAUAUGGGAGCAGUCAUGGUCAACUUUGGAAAGCCUCUUUGCGGCGAUGCAAGAUAGCAAUCGCGCCAUGCCAAGCAUGGAGGUGACAUUGUUCCCUCAACAGCACGACGGGCGUCUUGAAGAAACUUUCUGGAGCGGCACCCUCCUGCCUAUCCUCGACGAGCAGGGCAAAGUAAACGGCUUUUACAACCGGGCCAUUGAGGUUACCAAUGAAAAGGUAAGAGAAAGGAGAUCAAAAUUGCUUUACUCAAUCAGCGCACCACCAACAGAUCCCAAUGGAUCGGUUUGGGAGCACCUUUUCCAAGCACUACGAGAGAAUCCACAAGACUUUCCCAUGGCUUUUGCAUAUUCUGCGGAAGAUGAUCCUGCCUCCUGCAAGCUGACCUUGCAACAAUCGCUGGGCUUACCGCUGGAUGGACAUCCUCUGGUGCCCAAACAUGUGGAUAUUUAUGAAGGGUCGACUGGAUUUCUGUUCUAUUACCGCCGCCUGAAAGCCACGAAUAAGCCGAUUGUGCUUCAUCAUUUGGACAACACUCUUCCUGGACCACUCCUGGAAGGAUUCGAUUGGCUUGGCUAUGGCGAUACUCCAAUCUCCAUGGCUCUCAUGCCUGUCUCUGUCAGCAGCAGGCUGUUGGGUGUGGUAGUCUUUGGCCUUAAUCCCAGGAGACACUAUCAGACAGAAGAUGAGGCCUUUAUCCAAUCCUUAUGUCGACAAGCAUCUGCCACCAUUGCAUUUGCCGUCGACCGUGAAGAGGCGCAUGAGCGCGCCGAAAGACUCACUCUACAGCUGCAAGAGAGCGAGCGGCAGAUCCGAGAGAUUGCGGAACAUGGCCCCGUGGGGAUGAUUCGUCUUAGUCCUGCUGGGAACAUCAUCUGGGCAAACCGACAGUACUACGAGUUGACCGGGCACUCCCUCGAAGACAAAUACGAGUUUUCUUUUGCUGAAUCUCUCCACCCGGAUGAGAAGGCACGUACGUUGAAAUUGUGGCACGAAUUAGUCAAUGAACUUCGGCCUGUCAGUCAGGAAUUUCGACUGCGAAGGACAUGGCGACCCCCUGCCACUGCUAGAAACGCCAAUCCCAGUGAAGAAUCUUGUUGGGUGAUGGCACAUGCUUUUCCAGCCCUUGAAGACGGAAAAGUCAAGAGUAUUGUCUGUUGUGUCACGGAUAUCAGCAAAACCAAGUGGGCUGAAGAAGUCCAGAGUCGCCUCGCUGUCGAGGCGACCGAGGCACGAAAAUUACAAGAGGCAUUUAUUGACUUCGUCUCUCAUGAGAUGAGGAACCCCCUCUCAGCAAUUACCCAACUUGCAGAUGAGAUCACGGCGUCUCUAAGCGACUGGGCCUCUUCAGAUCAGUCACCAGAUGUGACGCAGCAACUGGUCAAGGCAAAUGUCGAACAUGCAAAGACGAUAUUGCUUUGUGCUUCGCACCAGAAACGGAUUGUCGACGAUGUCCUGACGCUCUCGAAGUUGGACUCUCAACUGCUUUCGAUCACCCCAGUUGCAAUCCAACCACAUGUGAUGGUGGAGUCAGUGUUGAGGAUGUUUCGAGCAGAAGUGGACACCCAUUCUAUUACGGUCGAGAGCGUUGCAGACGACACGUUUGAACGUUUGAACGUGGAUUGGGUAUCCGUGGAUCCUGUCCGGCUGACGCAGAUCUUCAUCAACUUGUUGACAAAUGCAAUCAAGUUCACUAAGCUCGAGGCCGUCCGCAAGAUCACCAUACGAAUAUCAGCAUUUGUGGGCGACAACCCGCCGCGCAUAGACAAGAUUGUUUGGUUCCCCACGAAGAGACGACAGCAUCUUCCUAGGGCGUCUCCGCAGCCGGAUGGUGAUGGCGAACCAAUUAAUCUUCUUUUCUCAGUGUCUGAUACAGGGAAGGGGUUGGAACAAGAGGAGAUGGCCAGACUCUUUCACCGAUUUCAACAAGGGACGAAGAAGACACAUAUUAAAUAUGGCGGCUCGGGUCUUGGGCUUUUCAUCUCACGCGAACUGACGGAAAAUAUGGGAGGCCAGAUUGGUGUCAUUACCGAGCCGGGGAAAGGAAGUACAUUCGCGUUCUAUGUGCAAGCACAUCGCGCAGCUGCUCCGGCCGAUUAUGUGCAGACCCUCCACCAUUCAUCCCCAUCACAAAGGUCACUGCGUCGUACUUCCUCGUGCAAUGCGGAGAUACCAGCCAGGAGAGCAUCUUCCAGCGUGACUCCAACCGAGAGGCCCCCGUCGGUUCUUCUCGUCGAAGACAACAUCAUUAAUGCACAGGUGCUCACCAAACAGCUUGAACGGGGAGGCUGCACAGUAUAUAACGCGAAUCAUGGGAUUGAAGCCCUAGACUUCCUGCCUCGGACAAGGGCGUGGCACGACUACCGGCCCAUCCAGAAAAUCGAAACUCCAUCGUCUAAUCUGGACGUUGACAUCGACUGUAUAUUGAUGGACGUGGAGAUGCCAGUGUUGGAUGGCUUGACCUGUACUCGGCGCAUAAGGGAGCUGGAACACAAGGGGAAGUUGAAGCGACACAUCCAAAUCAUUGCCAUCACCGCGAACGUUCGGGCUGAGCAGAUCGAGGCUGCUUUCGAGGCCGGUGUCGACGAUAUCUUGCCCAAGCCAUUCCGAGUCGCGGAGCUGCUAGAAAGGAUCGAGAACAAUAGGAAGAAGGGCAAAGCUUCAGCCGCCGGUGAAUAA